AUGGAUCUAUCUGUCACUUCUAAAUUGAUCUAUCUAUCUAUCUAUCUAUCUAUCUAUCUGUCGGUCCCUUUCUGUCUCCGACUGUCACCUCCCCCCACUCUCUCUCUUUCUCUCUCUCUCUAUAUAUAUAUAUCAGUCUUUUCAUAUCUAUCUAUCUAUCUAUCUAUCUAUCUAUCUAUCUAUCUAUCUAUCAAACUUUUUCUAUCUAUUUCUUUUCAUAUCUAUCUAUCUAUCUAUCUAUCUAUCUAUCUAUCUAUCUAUCUCUGUUCAUAUCUAUCUAUUCUGGCUAAACUUGGCGAUGAUGUUUCGUCAGAUGUUUGCUUUUUCACGGGUCACCUUGCCUUACGUCCAACAACCAGAAGCCUACGCCUGACCGUUGAGGAGUUGACAUUAAUCCCUUUCAUUUUUUUGGUCGAGCUUAGGAUGAUUCUUGAAUUGCAACCAGAAAAUAUCACUUCUUUUUUUUAUUUAUUACUCUUUACUUUUUCUCUUUCUUUUUUCAUUUUCUUAACUUCCUUUUUCUUUUUUCAUUGUUCUUUCUUUUUCUCUUCUUUUUUGUUUUAUUUUCCUUUUCUUUCUUUUUUUCUUUGUCACUUUUUCUUUCUUUUUCUCUUCUUUUUCAUUUUUCUUUCUUUUCUUCUUAUCUUGUCUUUUAUUAUUUUCUUUGAUUUUCUCGUUUUCUUUUCAUUUUCUCUUUUUUUUCUCCUUGCCAUAUUCUUUUUUCUUUUUGUCUUUUUCCUUGAUUUCACAUUUCUCUUUCCUUUUUCUCUUUUAAUUAUUUUGUUUUAUUUAUUUCUCUAUUUUUUCGUCUUUCCUUUUCAGUUCCAUUUUUUAAUUUAUCUUGUCUUUUUUCUUUCACUCGUUUUCUUUUUUCUCUUUUCUUUUCUUUAUUUUCUUUAUUUUAUUUUAUCCUUUUCCUUUUCCCACUUUUCUGUCUUUUUCUUUUUUAUAUUUAUUGCUGGUAAUAUCUAUCUAUCUAUCUAUCUAUCUAAUGUUUUUGUUUGUUUGUUUGUUUUGUGUCAGUCUGUUCCUAUUCAUUCAUCAUCUAUUCAUCUAUCUAUCUAUCUAUCUAUCUACAUCAUCUAUCUAUCUAUCUAUCUUAGUCUGUUCCUAUUUCAUCUAAUCUAG